AUGGCUGAAGAGAAUUUUACAGCUGUCACUGAGUUUAUUCUUUUGGGGCUGACAAAUCGUGCUGAACUAAAACUUUUGCUAUUUGUAUUGUUCCUGGCGAUUUAUACUAUUACUUUGGUGGGGAAUCUGGGCAUGGUCUUCAUAAUCCGGAUCACUCCCAAGCUCCACACUCCCAUGUACUUUUUCCUGAGCUGCCUUUCUUUGGUCGAUGCCUGCUACUCAUCUGCCAUUGCACCCAAAAUGCUGAUAAAUCUCAUGGUUGUAAAGGGAACCAUUUCUUUCACUGCUUGCAUCAUACAGCAUUUGUGUUUUGGAAUGUUCGUUACCACAGAAGGGCUCUUGCUGUCAGUGAUGGCCUAUGACCGUUAUGUGGCUAUCGUGAAUCCUUUGCUUUACACAGUAGCCAUGUCUAAAACUAAGUGCGUAGGACUAGUUUUGGGAUCCUGGGUGGGCGGAACAAUUAAUUCAUUAGUUCACACCAUAAGCUUGAGUCGCCUGUCUUUCUGUAGGCUGAAUGUUGUCAGUCACUUUUUCUGUGAUAUUCCCUCACUCCUAAAGCUGUCAUGUUCAGAUACUUCCAUGAAUGAGAUGUUACUCUUAACCUUCUCUGGAGUUAUUGCCAUGGCUACCUUCUUGGUUGUGAUAAUUUCUUACAUGUUUAUUGUCUUUGCUAUCUUGAGAAUUAACUCAGCAUCAGGCAGACAGAAAGCCUUCUCCACCUGUGCCUCUCACCUCACAGCAGUGACAAUAUUCUACGGGACGUUAAGCUUUAGUUACAUUCAACCGAGUUCCCAGUAUUCAGUAGAACAAGAGAAAGUAGUGGCUGUAUUCUAUACAUUAGUGAUCCCCAUGUUAAAUCCAUUGAUUUACAGUAUGAGAAACAAAGAAGUGAAGGAUGCUGUGAAAAGGGCCAUAGAAAUGAAACAUUUUUCCUGUAAAUUUUAA